AUGGAAUGGAAAACUCCGUCGGGUGCCAUGGAUACUGUUCUGUGGGGAAGGACUAAAAGGAGGAGAGAAGUAGUAAGAGGAGACGCCGAAUGCUGGAGAAAGUCUACCGUUCCACGUCUUUGGCUAUUGUCAAGACUACGAUAUCCCCUGUUCAAAAGGUGGGAACUCACCACAACAGAGUAUGUUGCUAGGAAGAAUCAGUUGCACUGGCCGCGUUGUCGCGAGCUCCGUGAAGCAUUCAUGGCCGAGAAGCACGAGCAAUGGAUGGCCAAACAUUGCCGUGUCUACAAGGACGCUGCAGAGAAAGAAAGGCGCUUCAAGAUAUUCACGGACAAUGCAGAGUUCGUGGAGACCUUUAACAAAGCCGUAAUCGAUCUUACAAGCUCGGCCUCAGCAAGUUUGCAGACUCAACCAACGAAGAGUUCCGGGAGUCUCGUAGUGGAAAUAUGCCUCCACCCACCCGAAGCCAAACACCAUUUAGAUACAAAAACAUGA